UCGUUCCCUGAAUAUGCUGGUAAGUUCCGGUGGAUUCCCAGCACGUGAUAUACCGACAACAAACAACUAGACUUGAUACGGCCUUCCAGUGUAACACUUAGAUAAUGGUUUGGGCAGACUUUUUUUCGAACUUUGACAGUUACGGACAGGUGUAUAAACCGAUCGGAGCAGCAAUAUGCCUAGUUGUUGCAGGUGUGUUUGGCUACUUAACAUUCAGGCGUACAGAAGGCAAAGAGAAACCGUCAAAUCAGGAUUGCAGACGACAGGUUUCAGAUGACCGAGAACAAACGGAGAAAACUUCAGAGGAUGUAGAUUCGAACGAACCGGAUUAUGACCUGAACAAUGAUUUGGAAUCGAACGCACCGAGCGUGGAAGUGGCCACUUCGGUGCCUCUGAGCGUGAACUACCACUUCACCAGGCAGUGUAACUAUCAGUGUGGAUUCUGUUUCCAUACUGCCAAAACAUCGGCCGUGCUUCCUCUGGCAGAGGCAAAGCGUGGACUGCGCAUGCUCAAGGAAUCAGGGAUGGAAAAGGUGAAUUUCUCCGGCGGCGAACCAUUCAUUGUACAACGUGGGGACUACGUUGGAGAACUGGUCAUUUUCUGUAAACGAGAUCUCGCGUUACCAAGCGUGACCAUCGUAAGCAACGGAAGCCUGAUAACAGAAAAAUGGUUCCAGAAAUACGGCGAAUUCCUGGACAUUUUGGCCAUCUCUUGCGAUAGCUUCCAUCCUCAGGUGAACAAGGAGAUUGGCCGUUACCAAGGAAACAAGAACCACUUACAGAGUCUGCAGACUGUCCGCGAUCUUUGUAGCACGUACAAGGUGGCCUUUAAGAUCAAUACAGUCGUAAAUUCCUGUAACAAAGACGAGGAUAUGGCAGACAACAUCAUAGAUCUGACACCUUGUCGGUGGAAGGUAUUCCAAUGUUUGCUGAUCGGGGGUGAGAACGCUGGCGAAAACGCGUUGAGACAGGCCGAGACGUUCGUUGUUACGGAAGCUGAAUUCCAGGCAUUCCUAGAAAGACACAGUCAUGUCACGUGUCUCGUUCCAGAAUCUAAUGAAAAGAUGAGGAACUCCUACCUGAUACUGGAUGAAUACAUGAGGUUUCUAGAUUGUACACGAGGCGGGAAGGAUCCAUCCAAAUCCAUUCUAGACGUUGGAGUGUCACAGGCCCUAAUGUUCAGUGGGUUUGACGAAUCAAUGUUCUUCAAAAGAGGAGGAAAAUAUGUCUGGAGCAAAGCCGACAUGAAACUUGAAUGGUAAUCCACGGCAGCGGUUUCAGUAAAUGGACUGAAAAAAUAGGGCACGUUUGAACGAGCAGGACACUCAUAUUUUUUGGAAAUGGUGUCCCUCAUAUCAAGUGUAUUCUGCCACAUUAUCAGAGGCGAUAUGUUCUAAUUAACGUAAAUACUCAAACAAACAAGAAAACGGAAACUCGUAAAUUCAUAUUAAAUGCAGGCGAAGUCUACAUCACGGCAAUGUGCCAAAGCGUCCAUUCAUGUUUCUUACAUCUGAAAAUAUAAAGACAAACGUCCAGCACUUCCAUGUGUCAAAGCGCCAAUGCUCAUAUUACGUGUUAAGUGGACGGAUAUAUAUUAAGCACUAGAAGGUCUUGAGUAUGUAUUUUUCUCAGAAUUCUUUGUUUCAUUUUCAUUGUUGUUUCAUUUUAUAUCUUUUAUACAUUAAAGUUUUGAAGUUAU